UUAAUUAGCGCUUUUGCGCACCACAGAAAAAAUAUACAAAUCAUUCGUUUUAGCAAGUUUUUUUUUACGCAUUCAGAAAAUUGAACGUAGUCAAGGGAAAAGUGUGUUUUGGGUUGGAGCUGAAUCAGUGAAUUAUCGUGGCAUCGCCGCUGUCCUUUGCAUUUUGGUAUUUUUAAUAGUGCAAGCACGUCUGCCAAUCAAGAAACAAAAAUUAUGUGCUGAGUGGGGGAGUGCGAUUGAUCAGCUGGGAGAAAAUUAAGCAGCAGCAACACCAGCAGCAGCAACAACAACAUUCGCAGCAGAACAAUUGCAGUGUCAUGUUUGGGUUCGAUGGUGAGUAUCGGCGCCGACCAGUGCAAAGUCUUGGAGGCGCCUCGCAGACAUGCGACCGAGACACGGCGAUACGGAAGGCGGCGCUCGAGCGACAGAAGCGCAAUGAGCUGCGACAGAAGACUCACGGUGCAGUCGUUCUGCAGUCGUAUGCACGCUCCUUUAUCCAUCGCCAGCGACGCAAGCGAGCCGAACGGGAGGCGUUUGAUGCGUAUUUACAGGCGCACCGGGAUCGCGUUACGGAGGAUGUGAGCCUCUGCUUCCUGUUACGUCGCCUCAAUUUUUUCUACAGCAGUCGUGUGACCAAGGACAGCGACAGACUGAUUGAAGUUUGUCAACAGAUUUUGCGAAAUCCCACACGUCUGCUCCAGCACUCAGCGCACGAUUCCGUUUGGUUGCUGCGGGUGUGCAAGGUCUUGGACGCGUGCCUGUUGCAGUUGGCGCUUCCGCACAAGGCGCAGGCUAUUCCACUACGCAUGCUGGAGACUUUCACUACAGUGGCAGCCGUGGAACGCUAUGUGGAGGAUGAGACAGUGCUGUACAAGUAUAUGGAGUGUGUCUUUGGCUUCCUUAUCAAACGCAACUAUUUCGUGCGCUUGCGCCAGCUGCUAGAUGAGAAAUGCCCGCCGCUGGACGGCGAGACACUGCACGCUCCCACUCCGUUUGUUGAUGCGCUGAUGCAGCUGAUGUUGCGGCCCUUAAGCGUAGCGCUGCGUCAGCCCUGCAGCGAGUUGUCGCAGCUCUUUUGCCGCAAGUUCAUUUCUGAUAUUUUAGCGACACCUCACACAGAACCAGUGCGCAACUUCGUGCUGCCAUGCUUGGCGGAGAGCAAAGACUUUCCUUAUGCGCUGCUCAUGCACACGCUGCAUGCACUACUGGAUCUCACCGAGGCGGCGUCCGUUGCUGAAGCCACGACUACGACCACGACUGCAGCCACUACCACAACCACAGCUACAGCGACAGAUAAUGUUAGCACUAAUAAUGUGUUUUAUGGGAUUAUGCAUGGGGAAGCAAAGUCGUCAAAGCCGCAGACAACUGAUGCGCUGUUCAGCUCGUAUUUGCUUAACUCGCUCUUGGUGCUGGAUCGCAGCCACCUAGGCACAUUAGAACAGAGCAACCUACUAAUUGUCUAUGUGCGUGUCAUUGCUCAAAUGAUGCCGAACAUAUUGCAGCUGCCCAAAUCUACGUUGCGCACGCAUGCGACACCACAUCGGCACACAGACUCCGACGAUGAAGAUGAGUCGGAUGAGUCUGGCGAGGAGGACGAGGGACAGCCCUCCACUCGCACGCUCGACUACGACAUGGAGCAGUCCUGCCGCACGCCAGGCGAGCUGAGCAGCAAGGAGCGGAAUAGCCUGUUAGAAUCGAUAGCCAUAUUAAACGAAACCCAGCGAGUGGACUUCAUUGUGCAGCAAAUUGAGCCGUACAUUGAGCAAAGCCAGGUGAUUUAUGCGCUAUGCGAGAUCUGUCACAAUCUGAUGAUUUACAACAAGCAUGCAGUCUAUGAAUACAGAUUGCUCUACACUUUGGCUUUCACGCCAAAGUUCAUACGAGCUGUUUGGUUUAAGCUGGCCGCUGAGUCAACUCAGCUCGGAUUUUCAUCCCCACUUUCACUUAUAUCCAAGGGUGUUGUCCCCAAGCAGCAGGGCGUGGACCGUACAAUACCUCUAUUAGCCACUUUUUGCAUGCUCUUUGGACGCCUGUUGCCCACGUUGCACGAUGUGGAAUUCGUCGAAAAAAAGUUUUUAGAAACGGCGCCUCUGCGCCAUGCGAGACUUAUGCCCUUCUCCAUUGCGGAGAUAGUGCAAAUGUCGAAGACGCUUAAGGACAUUAGCCUGGGCCUGGUGGAGCUCGCAUUUCGCAGUGUGCUAGGCCACACAGACGCCGAUGGCAAGACGCUACGUCAUCAGAAGCAGAUUUGGGCCAAUUUAUUAAAUGUCGUCGUGUUUGUGCUCAAUCAAAUACACUCGCGAGAUCUGCGGCUUGGCUUUUGCCCGGAAGGGCAUUGGACUGUUUCUCGGCUGGAUUUGCCACUGGACAGGCCAACGGAUCUGCCGUUGACACACAGCAGUCGCAUGCGUGGUAUACGUCCAUUUCAACCCAUACGCGACUUCACACGCGAAGACUUUGAGAACGGGCCGCCCAUGUCGACCAAGCAAAAACGCUCUAUUACCAUAUUGCGCGAAAUACCCUUCGUCGUGCCUUUCAGUAAGCGCGUGAGCAUACUGCAGGGUCUAGUUGCCGCUAACAAGAUGCGCGUGCAGGGUCAUCUGCAGGCUUUUCUGCAAGGGCCCUCUAUUAUGGUAACUGUGCGUCGUACGCAUUUGUAUGAAGAUGCCUACGACAAACUGCGGCCAGAGAAUGAGCCGGACUUACGCUUGAAGUUUCGCAUACAGUUUGUUUCGCAGUUGGGAUUGGAUGAGGCGGGCAUUGAUGGUGGUGGUGUGUUUCGAGAAUUUCUAUCGGAGCUCAUAAAAACAUCGUUUGAUCCCAAUCGGGGAUUCUUUAUGGUAACGACGGAUAACAAACUGUAUCCUAAUCCGAAUGUCGCGGAUCUGUUUAGUGACUUUGAAAAGCACUAUUAUUUUAUCGGUCGUAUUUUGGGUAAAGCAAUCUAUGAAAAUUUAUUGGUGGAGCUUCCGCUGGCCGAAUUUUUCCUAACAAAACUAGCUGGAAAAUAUUCAGACGUGGAUAUACAUCAGUUGGCCUCACUAGAUCCGGAACUCUACAGGAAUCUACUUUACCUCAAGGACUAUCCAGGUGAUGUUAGUGAACUGAAUUUAGAUUUUACAGUCGCCAGCAGCUCGCUGGGGCAGACGCAGGUGGUGGAGCUCAAACCUCAGGGUCAGAGCACCCCGGUGACCAACUCAAAUCGGAUCGAGUACCUACAGUUAAUAGCUAACUAUAAGCUCAAUGUGCAAAUCAAGCGUCACUGCAAAGCCUUCCGCAAGGGAUUGUCCAAUGUCUUGCCCAUUGAGUGGCUUUACAUGUUCAGCAACAAAGAGCUGCAAAUACUCAUAUCGGGCGCCGAAAUACCUAUCGAUCUAGAGGACUUGAAAAAACACUGCAAGUAUGGCGGGGAAUACUCCCCAGAACAUCCGUCAAUUGUUGCCUUCUGGGAGGCUGUGGAGGGAUUUGACGAUUUGCAGCGACGGCAACUGCUCAAAUUUGUCACCAGCUGCUCACGACCCCCAUUGCUGGGCUUUAAGGACUUGGAUCCACCGUUCUUUAUACAGAACGCUGGGGAUAUGGAGCGUUUGCCCACAGCCAGCACCUGCACGAACCUCCUGAAGCUACCGCCCUUUAAGAAUGCUGAACAGAUGCGCGAGAAACUAAUCUAUGCCAUACAGUCUGGUGUGGGCUUCGAACUUAGCUAAGGUGUGCAUUGCUAUCUACCCCAUCCAUUACCCACACAUAUCGAAUGCAAUAAACCCACACUGGGAACAACAGGACUCCCAUCCAGCAAUAGAACCGAUGGCUGGACAAGCAAACUAUUCCAGUUCAUUUACCUAUGUAAUUAUGAUAAACGUAAUAAUUUGUGUAAUGUAAAGUAUGAAGCUUA